UAGCCAACCAGCUAGCAGCUAGCCGACUAGUGGACUCUUGAGGAAAUAUGGACGAGGCGACGUUACGAGUCAACGGUUCCCCGAGUGACCCCCUCUGCAUGGGCCCAUAACCAUGUCCACAGAUGACAGUAUCUCUGAAGAUGUGUCCAGCUCCGGGGCUUUGAGCCAUUGCCAUGUCAGUGGCGAUGGGGAUGGCGGUAAAGGGAGUGAGGCCUCGUUGGUUUCUUCGGAGGGGACAUCAGCCUCCGGUGUGGCUGGGCCAGAGGAUGGACACACUCGAACCUCUGCAACAAGAGGCACUGUGGAGAACAGAUCAAUGGAUAUCACACCAGCAUGCAACAAGAUCAGAAGCCUGUGUCUAAGCUCGAAAGGAGCUUUUGUCCAAGGGAAGAACCUUCCCUUCAUCAACCCGAGCUCUUUGGAGACCCUGAGGGCCCUGGUGCAGGAAAUCCAGAGCAGUGGGGAGACAGAUCCUGAGAUCUGGAAAGACUGUGAGGGACGAUGGUUGCAUCUAUUUCAGCUGGUUGAGAAGCAAUACCAGGAGCAAAUCCUCGCUCAACAAGAACAAUACCAGUGCCAAAUACAGUUGAUUCAGGAUGAAAUUAAAGCCCUGGUCCAACUACAGAACCGCCAGAGCAGUGGCCAGCAGCACACAGAUUUUUUACCAACUCCUGCCAUCACUACCACAACUGAUACCAAGGAAUAUAUUUUGCCCUUUAUUCCCAAUGAUCCCUCACCUCUUACAAACCUGUCCAGUGGGGCUGACUGCCUGUCAGCCUCUGUCCAAGUCCCCUUUAGCUCCCCCUCACCUCCACUUCAUAGACCAGAGACAACUAGCCCGGGGGAUGGGGAGCCCGCUGAGGUGCGGUCAGCUACAGUGAUGAGCAGUGGGUAUGGGACGCUGUCCACCUGGGAAACAGGCUUGGAAAAGACUGGUUCUCCGAGGGAAGUGGAGGAAGCUAGCCAACUGAAAGACAGGCAUGACUGGCCGUCUGUCAUCCAGGAGCAGACAGAGCCAGCUGUGACCGGGUGCCAGCGGAGCUCAUCUACUGAGAUGCCUCCUAGAGCUGAGGCGUCAAGCUCGCUGUCCUGUCAGCAGAAGUCCUCUGGCAGCGUCAACCAACCUUUGACCUCCUGGGCUCAGAGGCAGAAAGCGAGGCCCAAAAAGAAUAAGGCUGGACAAGCUCCAUCCCAGGUCCCUGAUAGCCAGGAGCAGCCUCUCAGCCCCAGACAAACACCUAGACACAGCCCCCUGGAGGACGCCAACUUCCAGCUCAUCCCAACUGGGUUACAGCAUCCACCAGAUGGGCCCUCCCCCCCUGCAUUUAUCUUGAGGAGGAGCGACAGCCUGGUGUCUGAGGUAUCAGGUCUAACAUAUUGGCGUCUGAAUGAGAGCGAUCUUUAUCGACCCCUGCCGGACAGCUUUGACAGUGGUACCUACCUCCUUUUGCAAGAGGCAUCCAUGAGCCUGGCUCCAUCCCAGGAGCCUCAGUUGUCUCUUAGAGAGAUCUAUCAGAGCAAGCAGAAAGCAGAUUCCAAGCGAACUGACUGGGAUGGCUCCCUUACCUCUUGUCCCUCGUCACCGCAGGUGUUGACUUUGGAUCCAGCACUCAAUGUGCGUCAGUCCGAUCGUACAUCUGGCUUCACAUCACCCUCUCACUUCAGCAGCCCAUCUUUCCCCACUCAACCCCAACUCGACCCCAGGGCAGGGACCCAUGUCACCUCUGACAGCAUGGUUGACUGCAGCGCCAACCGUGGAGAUACAGACUGUAUCUCCAGUACCUCCAGCCUUUCGGUCACCACACCUUCGUCUGCAAAGGUGGAGAGUUUUUGGGGGAAACCGUCCCAGGGAUUCCCCACUGCCGCCCAGGAUAAGAUGAAGCCCUGCUCUCUUAUGACCAGCCAGCAACGCAGAGCCAGUGCACCCUUAGCCAGUGAAGAGGAGGGCAGUCACACCCACACCAGCACCCUGAAGCCGUCUGAUGCCAGCCCACUUCAUGCCGCCGGUCCACGUGUAGAAAGAGCUUCAUCAUUCGAAGAUCCUGUUGUUCUCUCUCUAUUAAGGCAGGACCUGAGACAGAAGCAUUCGAGACACAUAGCUGAUGUGAAAGCUUAUUACGAAAGUGAGAUUCAAGCCCUACGAGACAAACUCAGCCUGAGAGAACUGCCCCCGGACAUGGAGAAGAGCAACCAGACCCUCAGAAAGAGGUGUCGGGAUCUAGAGCGUGCUCUGGCUGAAGCUGCCAGGUGUAUUGAAGAGCUGGAGGCCAAAAACGCCGCACUAGAGAAAAAACUGGUGGAGUGGCCACAGCGGUAUGCCGUAGCAGGUGCCACUGUAAAAUCCCUGCAGCAGCGACUGGAGGAAAGCAAACGGUCAGGCAAUGAGAAAGACACCUCGGUAGCACAUCUGAAGACCCGAGUGCGCCAGCUAGAGGAGGCUGCUCAGAGUGCCUGCAAGGAAGCAGAUGAGAAGGACGCCACAAGAGCAAGAGAGAACAAGAUGCUGCAGGAUCUGCUUGGGGAAUAUGACUCUCUGCGGAAGGACCAUGAAGGGGUGAAGGACAAGCUGAUAUCAACUGAAAACAAGCUCGUCGAUGCCAAUGAGCAGAUCUCUGAACUGAAGAGGGUGAUUUCAAAGCUUGAGUCUCAGGUGAAGCAGUUGGAGCAUGAGAACCAGGCCAGAUUGCGCUACGCUUCCCAUAGUAACACACAGCCUUCUGGGGCAGGUCUUUACCACCACCCGGACCUGCUACUUUCACCAACCAAAAGCAGGACAGUACCAGAUCUUAGCCAUCGGAAGUCUUCCUGUCCUCCGUCUGACCAUCCUAGUAGUGCCAAGAAGUCGCCAUACCCUCAAACCAAUAGGAAGUCACCAUGUACACCAAAUGACCAGUCAAAUGCUUCUGGAGGCUCUGUGAACAAUUUGCCCGCAAAGAGCAGUUGGAGAUGUUUUUCACCCCCAGAGCGUGAACACUCCCACCCUGAAUCUAGGCAUCAGUCCCAACCCCAGGAGCCAUUUGGCAAAGAACCCGGCAGGCGAGAGGGGCCAUGCCCCAUGACACCUGUGAUGAUGGCUUUAAUAGAGCUGGAGGAAACCAGGGCCACGGAGAGUCGGGCACCAUGGGUUUCUAAUCAGCGAACUGCGGCAGGGUUUGUGGAGAGGAUCCACAGAGAACCUGUUCAGGACCCAGUCGGGCUUGCAGCGGAUGUGGAUAUGACUCAUCCUGGAAGGGGAGUAGCCGGACCGGAGCGAAAAAGGCUUGGUGCAACGGGCUGUGGCACUGGACAAGAGAAAGCUGCUCCUUUGGGCAGGGCUCAGAGGGGUGUGUCACCCGAGGGCCAUAGAUCCUCCUCGCUGCCCCCUCCAGUCCACUGUCACUUAACGACAACCACACCCACAAAGAGGGAAACUUUACUCACGCCUCUGUCUGCUAAGUCCAGCCCCAAACGCUGUCCCACUGAGAACUAUUCCACGGCGUUUGGCCACCUGUUGCCAAGACAUCAGCACAUGCUGCAAAGGCUUGAUGGACCACCAGACCAGAGACGCCAUUCAUUCCACAUUGCCAGUCCUAGGAAACGACUCUCCUUUACAGCACCAAACAAGAAAGAAGACCCACAUCAGCAGUGCAGCAUCUCAGCUGACAGUACUUGCAGUGUGAACCCAGUCGAGAGUAGCUGGGAGGACCAGGAGGCAUUGAUCAGGCAGAGGAUUCUGGACACUUGUGAGGACCCGGGUCUGUUUCUCCAGGACAAACUGGGCUCACUGGCCGAUGCUGAGAGAUUGUUUGAUGAGCUGACACAGGAGAAAUUGCAGGUUGAAGCAGCUUUGAGUCGAAUGCCUGGUGCAGGGGGGCGAGUGAGUUUGCAGACCAGAUUAGACGAGGUGGCCUUAGAGAAGCGUCUGGAGAGACUGAAUCGGGAACUGGGUUCGAUCCGCAUGACUUUGAAAAGAUUCCACGUCCUCCGCUCCUCUACCAAUAUAUAGCAAUGUCUGUCUUUUGUACAUCCAGUUGUAGAUACUGCAGUUUAGGUUGUGGUUUUAUCCGCAGCACUGAUUCUCCUCUUGUCUCUUUCUGUACCAUAGUCCACAUACAUGUACAACAAGACCACAACAACUUUUUUAUACAUGCUACUUAAAACUCGGGGAUAUUUUUUAUACGAUGGAAAGAUUUCACAGCUCUGGAGUAUAUUUUUAGUAUUACACAGAUUUUUACGUCACUUUUUUAGUCUGAAAAAUAUUAAUAAAUGUCUUUACUUGCCAUUUUCAGGUAUGUUGUGUAAAUUUUUAACGGCUAUUUGGUAUAUUUGGCCAUUGCACAAGUGAACGAUCCAAGAGCAUCAAGCCGACAUCCAUCCGCCUGGACAACAUCACUGCCACUGUGGUCCUGUUUGUGAAUAUUUUAAAUAUUUAUCCAUUUUACAUGACAUACCGUUGUAAUCUGAUGUUUUUUUUAUACUCGAGCCUGUUGAUUUAUGCAUUUUUGAAAAUAUUUUCUUCAUGCCGAAUUCAUUUUUUUUUCUGAUUUUGUUGACAAAAUUACAGAACUUGAAGGAUUUUAACCUACUUGAAUCAAAUUGCCUUUUUCAUUUUUUGUCCAGUCAUCUCUUCGAUCUACAUUCACGUCUUUUUCUUUGUAAGGAUUUCACAGUUGUAUCGAACCUCUAGAUAAGAACCACUUGUAAAAUGUAAACCAGCUUACAUUUAAAUAGAAACCAGUAGAGAACACGCCUCUCUGACAGAUGCUUCUUCUCGGGCAGUGCUUAUUGCAUGGAGUUUCUCGCACCUUUUCCUUUUGCCAUGCAGUUUUUCUGAGCUCUUUGUAACGAUCUACCUUCUGACUUCACUGGAACCAUGAUAUUGAUCUUCUUGCACAAUAAACAGUGUUGUUUGAU